AUGGCACAUUUCGACGUCGCAGUCAUCGGCCUAGGGGCUUUGGGUAGUGGUGCAGCCUAUUACUCGGCUCUCAAAGGCGCCAAGGUCAUUGGGUUCGAGCAAUUCGAGCUGGGCCACGUACAUGGAGCCUCGCAUGACACGUCCCGCAUCGUCCGGACGUCGUACGACUCCCCCGAGUACGUCGCCCUCGCCAAAACCUCCUACAAGGAUUGGGCCGACGUUGAAAGGGCAGCAGGCCACAAACUGCUCCAUCAGACGGGAGGUCUGAUCUUUGUCCCGAAGAACGGGCAGGUCCAGAUCGACGACUAUACUCGAAGUCUGGGCCGAAACCAGGUGCCUUACGAGCUUCUCAGCAGCGAGGAAGUAAGGCGACGCUGGCCCCAGUUUCGGCCACCCCAUGGCACUGACGCCGUGUACACGCCUGAUACCGGCAUGGUGCAUGCAUCCCGUUCGGUCGCGGCCAUGCAAAACUUGGCUCGCAAUUCUGGAGCUGUACUCAAAGAGUAUACCCGAGUCGAGUCCAUCAAGCCGCAGCGAUCGCAAGGGGGCCGGCGCGUCGAAAUCGUGACCUCGCAGGGUCGAUUUUAUGCUUCCAAGGUGAUUGUCGCCGCCGACGCAUGGACGAACAAGCUCCUUGAGCCUCUGGGGGUGAGUAUACCAUUGCGCGUCUCGCAAGAGCAGGUCACCUACUAUAAGCCCUCGCAGCCCGGCGAGUUUGGCGACGACAAGUUCCCCGUGUGGAUUUAUUUUGGAGCCAAGGCGUUCUACGGCUUCCCAACAUUCGGCGAGCCAACCAUCAAAGCGGCACGCGACGAGGCACAGAAUUACAUGACACCAGAACGACGCAGCUAUGUCCACUCGCAGCCACUCCUGGACGAACUAACCUCGUUCAUGGAUGCAAUGGUGCCUGAUAGCGGCCGCCAGACCCUCCGCACCGUCACUUGUCAAUACACCGUCACACCUGAUCGGCAGUUCGUCAUCAGCCCACUCCGAAACCACCCUGAUGUGAUCGUGCUUUUGGGAGCUGCCCAUGGUUUCAAGUUCGCUCCCACGUUUGGCCGGGUUGCUGCGGAGUUGGCACUUGAUGGGGAAACAGUCGAAAACAUUACAACUUUUGGUAUCCCCGAGGCAGGGGCCUCAUUCUCCGAGAGUAAGCUCUAG